AUGGAGGAGGUCCCAAACAUAGAGGUCCUCUCUGCUGAGUGUCUCUCCUGCAUCUUCAGUUUCCUGGAUCCCAGAGACCUAGCAGCUGCGGCGUGCACGCAGCGCGGCUGGCGCCUGGCAGUGGGCCAGGAGGAGGGCAUUUGGCGGGGGCUGUGCGAGGCGCACUUUGCGCUCUCCGCCGCCGCUUCUCCAGACCGCCAGCCGCUCCCCGGCUUCAAGGCGGCCUAUGGCUCCUGGCAGCUGUCCUUUGGGAAGUACGGCGAGAUGGCGGGCAGGGCGCUGCGCGCCUGGAGGCAGGUGGAGGACUGGGCGCAGCAGCACUUCCCGGCGGUGGCGGCCUCCCUGCGACCUGGCGCCAGCGAGGAUGCGCUGGACGCGGUGCAGGCAGAGCUGGGCUUCCGCCUGUGCCCCGCGCUGCGCGUCAUCUACAGGGUGCAUGAUGGGCAGGCGCUGGAGUUUGACCGCCAGGUGGACAACCAGCGCACCGCCAUGCACGACUCGGUCUUCCACGGCCUGUUUGGGGGCUACUCGUUUUACAACCACAUGGUUUCGACGCGCAUGCUGCCGCUGCGCCGCCUGCUGCGCUGGACCCGCACCGCCCACUCCACCCUGGGCUUUGGCCCGGAGGACCGUCGGGUCCUGUUUGCGGCCUCCCACAACUUCAACAAGAUGCUCUACUGCGACUGCCGGGACGGCCUGGUGCGCAUCGCAACCGUGGACAAGGUCACCUGCCUGCAGGCGGUGCCCGCCGACAGCCAAGCAGGCGCGUGCGACGGCGUGCUGCGCUGGUUUGAGGAGUACGCGGCGGCGCUGGCUGCGGGUCGAUUUGGGGUGGAGCCCCUGGAAAGCGAGUAUGCCGAGAGCCGGGGCAUCUCGCUCUUCCCGCAGCUGCCGCCCUGGCGCUCCGAGGCGGUGACAGAGGGCGUGCGGGUGUGUGCCUGCCCGCUGUUCGUCCCGGAGCUCACCCAGGUCAGCAAUGUGGAGCGCAGCUACUUCUUCUCCUACAGGCAAGCCCUGCCCUUCCUUUACGCAUGGAAAUGGCAGACAGCCAUCCGCUUUGCGCUGCUGUCGGAGGAGGAGCAGCUGCAGCUGCAGGGCAGCCUGGCGGGGCCCAAGGGCGGCGCCCCGCUGCACAGCGUGCAGCUGCGCAGCCGCCACUGGCUCAUCCGCGACGCCAGCGGCGCGGUGGACAGCGAAGUGAGGGGGGAGGCGGUUGUCGGCCACUACCCGCUGCUGCGAGCAGGCGCCCCCGCGUUUGCCUACCAGAGCUGCACGCACCAGAAGGAGGCGGCGGGCAGCAUGGAAGGCAGCUUCCGCUUUGUGGAGGGCAGCCUGCAGCAGCCGGGGCGCGAGUUUGACGUGGCCUGCGCCCAGUUCAACCUCAGCGUGCCUGAGGUGAUGUUCUGA